AUGUCCCCCAUGAUGAAGAACAGCUUUCCAGCACUGUGCCUCUUUGGGGUCUUGACCGUACUUCAGUAUCCUUCAACUCUGUGUGAUUGCAGGAUGCCUCCAAGUAUUGCCCAUGGAUCCCACAAAGACGUGAGCCCAUUUCUGUCAUUUAAGACUGAAGUGCAGUAUAAAUGUGACAGCGGCUAUGUUCUGGUUGGAAAUGCUAAAAUCACCUGCUCACAUUCACAGUGGUCAUCUCCAGCUCCCCAAUGUAAAGCUCUGUGCUUGAAACCUCAAAUAAACAAGGGGAAGCUCUCCGUAAAUAAGGAUCAGUAUGUUGAGGCUGAAGAUGUCACCGUCCAGUGCAGUCCUGGCUAUGGUGUAACUGGUCUCCAAACUAUCACAUGUUCAGAGAACAGAACCUGGUACCCAGAGGUGCCCAAGUGUAAGUGGAAAGUCCCUGAAGGCUGUGACCAAGUGUUAGCAGGCAGAAACCUCAUGCAGUGUCUCCCCAAUCCUCAAGAUGUGAAAAUGGCUCUGGAGUUGUAUAAGCUGUCAUUGGAGAUUAAACAGCUGGAAUACAUUUGA